AUGGCUUCCGAAUACGUUGACGACGUCGAGGACUACGAGGAUGACGAGGGUGGAGAGAUCACUUCGGAAGACUGCUGGGCCGUCAUCAGCUCUUUCUUUGACACGAAGGGUCUGGUAUCUCAGCAGCUGGACUCAUAUGACGAAUUUACACGCAACACAAUACAAGACAUAGUGAAGGAAAACGGCACCGUAAUACUCGAGCAGAACACGCCCUACGACCCAGACGAGGAUAGCGACCCCAUCAUCAAGCGGCGGUACGAGAUCAAAUUUGGGCGCGUUUACCUCGCGCGACCCACGCACACAGAAGGCGAUGGCACUACCGUGGCGCUUUUCCCGCACGAGGCGCGUCUGCGCAAUCUCACCUACUCGGGCGCUAUGCUGGCGGAUAUCUCGAAUCGUAUAAUGGUUGCGAAAGAGACGCAGGUGGUCGUUGAAGGUGAAGACGAGGAUAUGGAAGUCACCAACACAGUGGGUGGUCCGACGCAGAUCAAAUGGGAGCGCGAGGAUGUACCGAUGGACGAGGAGUCAGCGCGGGUCUUUAUAGGAAAGCUGCCCGUCAUGCUGCGAUCAGAGCUUUGCCAUCUACGCAACCAGUCUGAUGAGGCCUUGUUCGCCUUCAACGAGUGUCCCUACGAUCAGGGCGGCUACUUCGUCAUCAACGGCAGUGAGAAGGUCCUUAUCGCACAGGAGCGCAGUGCGGCGAACAUUGUGCAGGUCUUCCGGAAGAAGCAGGGCAACGUUCCCUGGACAGCUGAGAUUCGAAGCGCCGUCGAAAAGGGCACUCGUCUGAUCUCGUCUUUCAACAUCAAAUGGGCCGACACCUCACUGGGCAAUCCCGGACAGGGCAAGCGAGCUCCUGGACCGUUCGCAUACGCUAUGCUCCCAUAUAUCAAGCAGGAAGUGCCCAUGGCCAUCGUCUUCCGUGCUCUCGGCAUCGUUUCCGACGAAGAAAUCCUCAGCCACAUCGUAUACGACCGCACCGACACACAGAUGCUGGAGUUACUGAAGCCUAGCAUCGAGGAGGGUGCGGUGAUACAGGACAGGGAGACUGCACUCGACUUCAUCGCCAAGCGUGGAGCCAACCAGGGUACCAGGGACCGACGUCUCAAGUUCGCGCGGGACAUCAUGCAGAAGGACAAGACACUCGCAAAGCCUACUUUUUUCGGUUACAUGAUCCACCGACUGUUGCAGUGUGUUCUCGGGCGCCGAGACGAAGACGACCGAGAUCAUUUCGGAAAGAAACGACUGGAUCUGGCAGGACCGCUGGUCGCAAACUUGUUCCGUAUUCUCUUCCUGAAGUUGACUAAGGACGUCUUCAAGUAUCUUCAGCGAUGCGUCGAGAGCAGCACGGACUUCAACGUGCAAAUGGCUGUGAAGGCCAGCAUCAUCACAAAUGGCCUGAAAUACUCUUUGGCCACGGGUAACUGGGGUGACCAGAAGAAGGCUGCAUCUGCGAAAGCGGGUGUAUCUCAAGUGUUGAACCGCUACACAUAUGCAUCUACAUUGUCCCAUUUGCGGAGGACGAACACGCCAGUCGGUCGUGACGGUAAGCUGGCGAAGCCUCGUCAGCUACACAACUCGCAUUGGGGUCUUGUUUGCCCUGCUGAAACCCCAGAAGGCCAGGCCUGUGGUCUGGUCAAGAACUUGUCCCUCAUGUGCUACGUCAGUGUCGGUAGUGAUGCUACCCCGAUCAUCGACUUCAUGUCACAAAGAAACAUGCAACUCCUUGAGGAAUACGACCAGAACCAAAACCCAGAAGCUACGAAGGUCUUCGUAAACGGUGUCUGGGUUGGUGUCCAUUCUCAAGCGCAACAGCUCGUUUCUGUGGUUCAAGAGCUGAGAAGGAACGGAACUCUCUCGUACGAAAUGAGCUUGAUUCGUGAUAUCCGUGACCGGGAAUUCAAGAUCUUCACUGACGCUGGGCGUGUCAUGCGACCUCUCUUCGUAGUAGAGAACAAUCCUACCAAGCCCAACCGCAACCAAUUGGUCUUCGACAGAGAGAUCAGUAACCGCCUUGUAAAGGAGCAGUUGGAUAGCGACACUCGCGCCGGCUGGAGUGACGCUGACAUCGCUGACAAUACCUAUGGAUGGAAGGGACUCAUCCAAGACGGUGUGAUCGAGUACCUUGAUGCUGAGGAAGAGGAGACUGCUAUGAUUACGUUCUCACCUGAGGAUCUUGACGAGUGGCGAGGCAUGAAGAUGGGUCUCCCAACGAGCGAGCGAGCCAAUCUUGGCAAGGAGCGUCUUCGACGUAUCAAGCCCAAGCCGGACCCUCGCAUCCACGCCUACACACAUUGCGAGAUUCAUCCUGCUAUGAUUCUGGGUAUAUGCGCCAGUAUCAUUCCGUUCCCUGACCACAAUCAGUCGCCCCGUAACACAUACCAGUCUGCCAUGGGUAAGCAAGCCAUGGGUGUUGCCCUGACCAACUAUGCUCUGCGUAUGGAGACGAUGAUGAACGUCCUUUAUUAUCCGCAAAAGCCUCUGGCCACAACUCGCUCUAUGGAGUACCUCAAGUUCCGUGAGCUGCCUGCUGGUCAAAACGCCAUCGUCGCCAUCGCAUGUUAUUCUGGUUACAACCAAGAAGAUUCCGUCAUCAUGAACCAAAGCAGUAUCGACCGUGGUCUUUUCAGGAGUCUGUUCUACCGUGCGUAUACCGAGCAAGAGAAGCGCAUUGGUGUCAACGUGCUGGAGCAAUUCGAAAAGCCGACUCGUGCCGACACUCUAAGACUGAAGGGCGGAACUUACGACAAGCUCGACGACGAUGGUGUUGUCGCCCCCGGAGUGCGUGUUUCUGGUGACGAUAUCAUCAUCGGAAAGACGGCGCCAAUAGCAGCUGAUGCCCAAGAGCUGGGCCAGAAGACUACUCUACAUACCAAGCGCGACGUGUCUACGCCUCUGCGAAGCACAGAGAACGGUAUCGUCGACCAAGUCUUGUUCACCACCAACACCGAAGGCCUUCGUUUCGUCAAGGUCCGCACACGUACGACCAAGGUACCUCAAAUUGGCGACAAGUUUGCUUCUCGUCACGGACAGAAGGGUACCAUUGGUAUCACAUACCGGCAAGAAGAUAUGCCUUUUACAAGUGAGGGCUUGACUCCUGAUUUGGUCAUCAACCCUCAUGCCAUUCCGUCUCGUAUGACAAUUGCCCAUUUGGUCGAGUGUCUUCUCUCCAAAGUUGGUGCCAUUACUGGUCAAGAGGGUGACGCCACACCAUUCACUGAGGUUACCGUUGACGAAAUUUCUGAUCUGCUCGAGCAAGCCGGGUACCAAAAGCGUGGGUUUGAGAUCAUGUACAACGGCCACACCGGCAAGAAGAUGCGUGUCCAAGUCUUCUUGGGACCAACGUACUACCAGCGUCUGCGACAUAUGGUCGACGACAAGAUCCACGCCCGCGCCCGUGGCCCACUACAAAUCCUGACUCGCCAGCCUGUCGAAGGUCGUGCUCGUGAUGGUGGUCUGCGUUUCGGAGAGAUGGAGCGCGAUUGUAUGAUUGCGCACGGUGCCGCUGCUUUCCUCAAGGAGCGUCUUUUCACAGUCUCGGAUGCGUAUACAGUGCAUGUAUGCGACAUCUGCGGACUGAUGAGUCCUAUUGCAUCCAUCAAGAAGGGCAUGUACGAAUGCAGACCCUGCCACAACAAGACGCGUAUCUCGCAGAUCCACAUUCCUUAUGCCGCCAAGCUCCUCUUCCAGGAACUCCUCGCCAUGAACAUUGCGACGCGCAUGUUCACGGAUCGCUCUGGCCUCAGCGUGCGCGACUAG